AUGCUCGCUGCGACGCUCUCCAGACCCGCCUUGGCCACGCGAGGCCUGUGUGCGCGCGCCGCCUCGUCGCUCAUCGCAUCCAUCGACCAGGGUACCUCCAGCUCGCGUGUCAUCCUUUACGACGCCGUCACGCUCAGGCCGGUCGCGUCGCACCAAGUGGAGCUGCAGUCGGCAACGAGCAACCCGCAGGCGGGCUGGUCGCAGAUGGACGCCAAAAGGAUUGUGGGGACCGUCACCGACUCGGCUGCCGCGGCGCUCGCGGCCGCGGGCGCCAGCGCCUCUGACGUCGUCGGCGUCGGCAUCACCAACCAGCGGGAGAGCACGGUAGUGUGGGACAAGCGGACGGGCGAGCCGCUGUACGACUGCAUCCUGUGGCACGACGCGAGGACCGCGACGACGGUGUCCGCCCUGGCCGACGAGCUGGGCGGCCAGGACGCGCUGCGCGCCACCUGCGGCCUGCCUCUCUCGACUUACUUUUCGGGCGUCAAGCUGCGCUGGCUGCUGGAGACAGUGCCCGCCGUCAAGGAGGGCUUCGAGUCUGGGACGGCGCUCGUUGGGACCGUCGACUCGUGGCUCGCGUGGAAUCUGACCGGCGGCGCGGGCGGCCGCGCCACAAGGCACGUCUCGGACGUGACCAACGCGUCGAGGACGAUGCUGAUGAACCUCUCGACGUGCGGCUGGGACGGCGGCCUCGUGCGCGCGCUGGGCGUGGGCGCGGCGGAGGGCGCCCUCCCAACCAUCGUCUCGUGCGCCGAGGAGAUUGGGCGCGCGCCGCUCACGGGGAUGAUUGGGGACCAGCAGGCCGCCAUGGUCGGCCAGCGCUGCUUUGGUGUCGGCGAGGCCAAGAUCACUUACGGCACCGGCGCCUUCAUGCUCGGCCGACCUAGAAGCAGACCACGGAUUCGCUCGUUAACAGCGGCGGCGCGCCGGUACGCGCUCGAGGGGGCGGUGGCUUCGUGCGCGGUCGGGAUCAACUGGUUCAAGGACUCGCUUGGCAUGAUCGGCACCGCGCCGGAGAUCUCGUCGCUGGCCGCGCAGGCGCCUGCCUCCACGGCUGUGGUGGUGCCUUAUGGCGGGUUCGGCGUGCCGGAGGGGACGGAGGGGCUCGUGUUUGUGCCCGCCUUUGGCGGGCUGCUCGCACCGCACUGGCGCGACGACGCGCGCGCGACGCUGGUCGGGCUGACCCUCGCGCACGACAAGCGGCACGUCGCGCGGGCGGUGCUCGAGGGCAUCGCCCACCAGGCCAAGGAGGUGACUGUCUGCAUGGCCGCCGACACCGGAGCGGCGCUCACCGGCCUGCGCGUCGACGGCGGCGUCGCGCUCUCCGACGAGCUGCUGCAGUACCAGGCGGACUUGUGCGGCAUCGCUGUCCAGCGGCCGCGCGACGUGGAGACGACCGCGCUUGGCGCUGCCAUCGCUGCCGGCUUGGGCGCCGGGGUCUGGAGCUCGAUCGCCGACAUCCCAUCGAGCGGCGACGACAUCGAGCGCACCUUUGAGCCCGCCAUUUGCGAGGAGGAGCGGACGGCGCGCUGCGCGAGCUGGCAAAAGGCGGUGGAGUCGUCGUUUGGGUGGGCGCGGGAGUAAAAGGCGGUGGAGCCGUCGUUUGGGUGGGCGCGGGAGUGAAGAAGGGCAGCGCGCGGACCGAGCCAUGUAGCAUGUACUCCGGGCGCGUGGGCC